GACGCUUGAUCAAUGAGAACACCUGCAAAAAGCCAUGUCCAAGCCGACAAUUAUCAAAGACGCCAUCAAGCGCUGGGAGGAAAAACAUCCGGGUGAACAAAUAGCGGAAGCGAGCGAGGUGGGCUUUCAGUUCCAAUGGCCUCCAAUCGAGAAAAUGGACAACUCCCUGUCGGCGCUGCAAAAGUGCAAGAAGCUCAGCCUAUCGACCAACAUGAUCGAAAAAAUCGCCGGCAUCAGUGCGCUGAAGAACCUCAAAAUACUCUCAUUGGGCCGCAACUACAUCAAAUCCUUUUCCGGAUUGGAAGGAGUGGCUGAGACUUUGGAGGAGCUGUGGAUUUCGUAUAAUUUCAUCGAAAAAGUCAAAGGUGUACAGGUGCUGAAGAAGCUGAAGGUGCUCUACAUCGGCAACAACAUGAUCAAGGACUGGAGCGAGUACGUGAAAUUCCAAGAACUUCCCUGCUUGGAGGACUUGCUGUUUGUGGGCAACCCGUUGUACGACAGCAUGGAGGAGGCAGUUUGGAAAGUGGAGGCGACCAAGCGGCUGCCCAACCUCCGCAAAUUGGAUGGCGAACCAGUAGUGCACGAUGACGAAUAAAUAGAUAGUUUUUAUGUU